UGCUAAUCAGGAGAGUCGAGGUUGUGGAAGAGCGAAGCGAGGUAAGAGGAGGAGAAGAGGGAAGAAGAGGAAGCAGAGGCUGAAACCUGGAACAGUCGUUUUCUCCUGUGAAGGCCGAGGACCAGAAACACAAGAUUCUGUGAAGACGCUUUUGUUGUUUUCUCCGGUUUGCUCUGAGGCUUAAGGAGAUCGUGUGGUAGCGGUUGAGGCCAUCUGGCUGAAGCUUUAGCAGGAUUUUAUGCUGUGAGCCACCUGCAUGGGACGUCCCUCGGAGACAAACACUUGAUCGUUGCAUGAACCUUUGUCUCAACCUGCCAGGCCACAGGACGUGAGACUGUGUGUGUGUCCUGAGCUCGUCCUGUCAGAGCAACACAACAUGAACCAAGGAGAAAACCAUUACACAUCCACUCAUCACCUGUCAAUCAAAUAGAGGUGUGGUGGUCGCUGCCUCCCAUCCUGAGCGAGAGAGAGAGAGCGAGAGAGAGAGAGAGCGAGAGAGAGAGAGAGAGAGCUUCAUCAUGAAUUCUUUGUCGAGAGUGAAGAAGUCCCUGAGGACGCCCAUCUGGAAGCUGACCAGCUGUGUGUCGGGGGUGAAGCAUCAGAAGUUGUGUGCCAAACCCAGGGACGGGAGGGGCAGAGGGGGUGGGGGAGGCAGACGAGGGUGUAGGAGGUCGGGUAAGACCCCCCCACUCCGAACUGCACCUCCCAAGGACCCCACAGUCAUCUGCUCGUACCAGGCCGACCUGGAGAAGGAGAGGAAGCAGCGGGAGGCGGUGAACGCUCAGAAGAACGCAGAGAGAGCAGCUUUGAGAAAUCAUUUCAGGAGAAAAUACCAGCUGUCCAAGAGCCCGAAGGACGUGAGCCACCUGAGGUCUGUGGGAGGGAAAGUGUCGCUCCCCCGCGGGCUGUCGAAGAUCAUUUAUCCUGAAACCAAAGCCAAGGACGACGGCUUCAACCUGCUGAGCGCCUUUCAAGGCCUCAGUUUCAACACAGCGCGGCUCACAGGGAGGAAGCACAGCAAGGCGUCCACUCCUACACCAACCACUGGGGACUCCUGUAAAGUCAUGUGAUCCAUAUGUGAUCACAGGGGCGAUUACUUCACGGACUUGGGAUUGAUUUAGCUGUUUGAACAAAUUUCAGGGAAACAGCAGGAGAAAAUACUCUCAUCUUACAUCAGCGGUCAGACGAUCAUUAAGUCCGGAUCUGCUGUCACUGCGAAACCAUAUGAUUUUUUUGGUUUUUAAUAUGGUUGUUGUUUAUGUGGCAAAAAUGAUGCAGAACUUCUAGGUCAAAAAUGAUGCUACUUUCUAAUGAAUAACUUAUUAUUUCACGAGUAAGUUAUACACUUUUUACAAGUGAUGUGGUUUAGAGACAAUUCACUUUACAUCAGCUAUUCAUCGAAUUUCUAUACCACUUAUCCUUUAAGGGUUCGGGUGGGCUGGGUUCAAUCCCAGCUGCCGUUGUGUCAGAGGCAGGGUUCACGUCUCCAGCCAAUCAUUUUCCAAUACACAGAAACAAGCAACAAUUAAGACGCUCCAAUUAACCCAACCCCAAUCUGCACGUCUUUGGACUGUGGGAGGAAGCCGGAGCUCCUGCAGAAAACCCACACAAACACGUGGAGAACAUGAUAACUCCUCACAGGAAGACCCCCGACUGAAGCAGGAUUUGAACCAAUCACCUUCUUGCUGUGAGGUGACAGAGCAGAACAUACGCCCCAAUACACCAUAAUGUAUUUGUACACACAUAUAGACCUUACAAUAUCAUAUAGGAACCCAACAAACCCACAACAAGCAAACAGAUAUUUAAUCAAAAAACAGUAAAAUACAGUUGAAAUAAACAAGGUUAUUAUUCUAAAUUAAUAAACACAUCAAAUUGUACAACUACUUAGUGUGUUCAUGAUAACGGGUGAUGAUGAACUGAUGAUUUCAAAUGGAGUUUUUACAUGAUCUUUUUAAGGUUUGAUCAUUUUCUCAUCCCAUUUAUAAUGUAAAUGUAUCAGUCUUUUCAUAAGUAAUCAUAUCAUAAUGUUAUAAUUACAUAAUAGGUUGUCCAGUGGAUGGUAGUUGAUUGAUAAUAGAAGUUACUGUAGCUAGUUUCUACUCACAGGGCUGUUGCAGCUCUAAAUGACAAAGAUCCAACUGAUCUCUUCACAAGUAAGGAACCUCAGGGCGACACGUUCACUUUUCAACACACAUUCACACAAGUAAUGAAGCAACACUUAAUGUACUUUUUGUAUUUAUGAGAAAAUGUUUGAACAUGUGUUUUUCUGCUGUUUCUUUGUUGAUCGUCUGAGAGCUGGGUUACGUCCACAUGUGUGAGUUAAAAAUCACAUCUGUAACGUGUCUGAGCCAAAUGUGAAGCUUUUAGUUUCUUGUAAUGACAAACUUGUUUCCAUGGAAAUAUUGUGUAAAUAGUCUGAAGCUGCGUAGUAACAGAAUUUUAUACAACAUGAAGCAGAAAUCUGAAAUAACAAUAGAAAUUUUCCAAGCUGAA